AUGGAUAUAUCGAGCGUUAAUUUUGAAAGUGGAUGGAAAAUCAUAAAGGAAGAAGCAAUUGAUAAGAUUGAGAAAUAUUUGGACGAAAAUGCAGUUGAAAUAAACAACAAUUUAUUUAAUGCCGCUGAAUACACUCGAUUAUAUACAGUAGUUUAUAACAUGUGUGCAAAGAAAACUCCUUUUUGUUAUUCUAAAGAAGUAUAUAGAAAAUAUGGAGAAAGUUUAUCUAUGUAUGCUGUUAAUAAAAUAAAACCACAGUUAAAAGAGGAAGAUAAUUUAAAAAAAACAAAGGCAUUAAUUGAUGCUUGGUAUAAAUAUUCCUUUUAUACAAAUUGGAUGAAUAAAUUUUUACAUUACCUUGAUCGCUAUUAUGUUGAAUAUAAUAGCUCUUUGUGUCUAAAAGCAUACACAAAAAAUAUAUUUAAAUUAACAUUAUUUGACGAAACACGAGAAUGUAUUAAAAGUAUUAUAUACAAUAUAUAUGAUAGCAUGCGAAAUAGUGAUGAUAAAGAUAAUGAAAAAUUAUUUCGAGAUAUCGUUUUUUUAUAUAACGAAUUAGAUAAAGAAAGUGCUGAAAAAAUGUAUGAAUCUGAUAUAGAAAAGAAAAUUCUAGAAAAUGUAGAAAUAUAUUAUAAUAAAGAAGGAAAUAAUUGGAUCCAAAAAAUGUCUUUUCAUGAUUAUAUUAUAUUAAUUGAAAAUUCGAUUGAAAAAGAAUAUGAAAAAAAUAAAUCUUUAGAAAUAAACGAUGAGACUUGUGAAAAAGUAACAAAUAUUAUUGUAAGAAUAUUAAUAUAUGAGAAAUUAAAUUUAUUAUUAGAUAAUAAGGAGAAUAUUUAUAAUCUAUUAAAAAAUAAUGAUUUAAAUUCUUUAAGAAGAACUUACAUAUUGUUCUCUUAUUUUUCUGAAGCUAUAGACGGUUUAAAAAAAAUUAUAGGUGAAUAUAUAAAAACAGAAGGAAAUAAAUUAAAGGAAAAAUACAUUUCAUUAUCUAUAUCUAUUAAUAACAAUAUGGAUACACCUACUUAUGAGUCUAAUAAAAAUAGCAAUAUAGCAGAACAAAAAAAUGAAUACAUAUUAUGCGAAUAUAUACACGAUCUCAUAAAAUUACAUGAUUAUUAUCAUAGCAUGUUUAAUUUUUCAUUUGUUAAUAUAUCAAACAACGAGAUUGACACACAUUUCAAGGAAUGUUUAAAGGAUUAUUUUGAAAGUUUUGUAGAACAUGAAGAUGAAUACUUCAGCACUGUCAAAUUGUUAGUUUUAUAUGCGGACAAUAUUCUGACGAUAAAAAAUGACAAAACAGAUUUACAGAUGCCUUAUGUCAAAAAUAAUGAAGAGGGGGAGCAUAUUAAACAUGAAAUGAAAACUGUAAUUAAUACUGAUGAAUUGAAAAAUGAUUAUAGAAAAGUUGGCAAUAAAGAAGGUUAUAUUGGAAACCUGAAUGAUGUAAGAAAAACACGAAAAGAAAACGACGAUGCUGAUUCCACAUGCGAUACAAAUAUAAUUGAAACCGAUUAUUUAAUAAAAAAAAUGUCUGAUAUUGUUGCCAUAUUCAAUUAUAUAAGUAAUAAAGAAAGUUUUUUCGAAUAUUAUCGAAUUUAUUUAGCAAACAGAUUAAUUAAUAAUAUGUAUAUAUCGAUAAAUGUGGAGAAAAAAUUUAUUGAGAGCUUAUAUUUUUUAUGUGGAUCACAAUACACUUCAAAAUUAGGAGGUAUGAUACAGAACAUUAUUAAUAAUAAAAUUCUUAACGAAAAGUUUUACAAUUAUAUCAGUAGAAAUAAUAGUAAUGGUGGAAUAUCUUUGCCUAAUUUGACAAAUUUCGAUGAGAAUUAUGAAAACAACUUUUUUUCUGUAAAAAUAUUAAAUAAAGGAUAUUGGCCUGCUUUAGAAAAGACCUCAAUGAAAUUAAGUGAAAAUUUUAAUAAAUAUAUUUUAUCAUAUACAGAAUACUAUAAAACAGAAAAUAAAAAUAAAAAAUUAGAAUGGAUAUAUGAAUUGAGUGAAGUUGUAUUCAAAUAUUUUAUUAAUAAUCGUUCAUAUUAUUUAUAUUGUAAUCUCAUAAGUGCAGAAAUAUUUUUAUUAUUUAAUAAAUAUAAAUAUAUAAAUUAUGAUAUUAUAAAAGAAGAAUUACAAAUCGAUUUAAAAACAUUUAAAGACAAUAUGCAUUCAUCUUUAUAUUAUCAUAAAAUUAUUUAUUCUGAUGAUGAUAAUAUAAAUUGGGAUACUUCCAAUUUUUAUGUUAAUGAAAACUUUUCUUAUACUAAUCAAAAUGUUUAUAUAAAAAAAACUACGACUUUAUUAUCAAAAGAACACGAAAAAACAAAAGAUGAUAAAACAAUGGCCAUCGAAGCAGCUAUUGUUCGUAUUAUGAAGACUCACAAAAGAUUGUUCUAUGAUCAAAUCUUUGAUAAUGUGAAAAAAGUCUUAUCCACUUUUGCUCCAUCUAACCAGGCAAUCGAGAAAAAAAUUGAUCUGUUAGUUGAACGAGAAUAUAUUCAGAAAGAAGAAAAUAGCCAAGUAUAUGUUUAUAUACCAUAA